CGCUUCCUGGUUACGGCAUAUGUAAGCUAAGCUAGCAGUUCGCUGGCUGCCUUCUCCCGGGUUCCUGCGUUCCUCAGCGGCCUCCUCGGUGACAAGCGGACCCUCAGAUCGGAUUCCCACCGUUAAUCCUCCGGGAUGUCUUUCCUGGAGAAGCCGGUCCCCGGCAGGCUGCUGCUGGACGACACGGUGCCCCUGACGGCGGUGAUCGAAGCAAGCCAGAACCUGCAGUCACACACGGAGUACAUCAUCCGAGUCCAGAGGGGCGUGUCUUCAGACAACAGCUGGCAGGUGAUUCGGCGCUACAGCGACUUUGACGUUCUUAACAGCAGCCUGAUGGUGUGCGGAAUCAGUCUCCCCCUCCCUCCUAAGAAGCUCAUCGGAAACAUGGACCGGGAGUUCAUCGCAGAGAGGCAGAGAGGACUGCAAACCUAUCUGGACACCGUUACCCAGCAUCCGCUGCUUUCCAGCUCCCUGGCUGUCAAGAAGUUCCUGGACCCCAACAACUACUCUGCCAACUACACAGAAAUUGCCCUGCAGCAGGUCUCCAUGUUCUUCAGGUCAGACCCAAAGUGGGAGGUCCUGGAGCCUCUCAGAGACAUGGGCUGGAGGAUCAGAAAGAAAUAUUUUUUAGUCAAAAACAAAGAGCAGCCCAAAGAGAGGUACCUGCUGAGCUGGGUGGACCUGGGUCCUGAUAAGUUCCUGUCAGACAAAGACCUGCAGUCAGCCAUAAAGCUGUUGACCAGCCUGUCUAUCCCGUAUCUCUGUCCACUGUUGUUCUCCAGCACCAGUGAGUCUUCAGCGCUGCUCAUCCGGCCGUUCAGUGAGAAGGGCUCUCUGAGAGACCACAUCUGUAAGGUGAAACCCAGAGAGAGUUACCUGAAGAAGUACUGCAACCCGAAGAAGAGUCAGGGCCUUGAACUCUCGCACAUCAAACUGUACGGCCGUCAGAUCCUGGAGGGACUGAGGCUGCUCCAUGAUGCUGGUGUAUUUUUUGGUCAUCUGCACACGUGUAACGUUCUUGUGGAUGACGGCGUGUGUCGACUGAUGGACGUGGAGAACGGCAUGCUGGGAAUUCCCUCUGUACUGCGACCUGCCUUCACCCAGUUCAGGAAGAUCAACACCACGGAGAGCAUCGACGUCUUCUGCUUCGGACAUUUACUGUACGAGAUGACGUACGGCCAACCACCGGACAGCGUCCCCAUCGAGCAGUACCCCCCUGCCCCCUCCACUGCUGUGGUAUCAGUGCUGCAGUCCAUUCUGUCCACAGAAGCCUGUAAAAGCGGGAUGCCAACAGUGUCGGCACUCAUGCAGACGCCGCUGUUCAGUGACGUCCAGCUACAGCGUUCAGAAAAACUCCAGAUCAAGGUUCCCAGCAGGCUGAAGGAGGCACUGAAAGCAGCAAAAGAGAGUCUGGAGAAGAGGCUGCGGGAGGAGCAGAGACUGCUCCACCAACACAGGAGGCUGACCAGAGCUCAGUCUCACCACUGCUCAGAGGAGGAGAAGAAGAGGAGAAAGAUCCUGGCGAGGAAGAAGUCCAGACACUCAGCUUAUGAAAAUGAAGAAGAUGCCUCAGUCAGAAACAACAAUAACUCUGGUUCUGGAGCCAGUUCUCCGCCCACAUGCCCCUCCUCCCCCACUCCCCCACCAACCACAGGAUCCAACAUUGCACCUCCCCCACCACCACCACCACCACCUCCUCCUAUUCCUCCCCCCUUACACAACUCAUCCUCCUGUCCUCCUCCUCUGUCCUCCUCUGAUGGAGCGGGAGGAGGCCGUUCCGCCUUGCUGAGCUCCAUCCAGACCUUCACUAAGGGCAAACUGAAGAAAACCGAUACCGUCGACCGCAGCAAACCCAUCAUCUGACCCCGUCCUCGCUACGGCAACAUAACCGACCCACGAGUUCUGCACUGUGGUCCAGGCUCUGCCCAGAAUGUGAAAACAAAUCACUAACAAGCGAUCCAAGUACCAUUUUAGUUUUUAUUGCUGUUUCUGCUUAUCUUUUUCCCCUGCUUUUAAACUUUUUAUGUAUUGCUGUGACUGGAGAGACUAGAGGACGGGUGGGGUAAAAUGGCAACCUCCAUCUGCCCUUUGAAACAUGCUGGACAAUCUUAAGCACCUUAAGGUUCAACUUUUCUGGUUGCUUGGUCCUUAAACAGGCCCCAGAUAAAAGCCGGGAAACUGAAUCGGGUAAGCUUUUCUUCUGGCCGAUCUGCGAGCAGCCAGCUUCAUUUUUGUUCUUUGGGCUCGUAAAAGUAGCACUUAAAGAUUUGAGAGAAGAGCCAUGGAUUCCUGACCCCGCUGGAUGGUGAUGACGAAUUCUCUUAAUUUCAGCGCUCAGGUGCUGAGCUGGUCCUGAUCAUGGAGUAGACCAAACUUUAGUUUUCUUUCUUUGAAAUCAUCUCUGAACGUUUCACGUGUCGCCUGCAGGCUCUGCUGAGACUGUUUCACCACAGCUGAGCUACAAAAAAAAAAAAGCACAGCGGCAGGUCAUUUCUGUCUGUAAUUAAGUCCUCAUUUAUGCCAUAUUGUAAAAAAUAAAAUACCAAUGCACCGCAGGGUGUUCAAGCAGAAGUCAACUUCUCGGGUUGACAGUUUUUAGAAAAGAGUUUCUGCUUCUAAUGCAGAAGCUGCUGCAGUAGAAGCGAAACAAAGAAGAUGAUUUGGGAUUGGAACCAGUUUAUUUGCAUGUUAAUGAUCUGCAGACUUUUUCCCAGUUGUGUUCCUGAAAUCACACUGAAAUUACAGGCAAAAAUGACCAGAUAAGUAAAGUUUGCAGUGCUUCAGUCUGAAUCUGCAGUACAAAACAGUCGAGGUUGGAUUGAAGCAGCUCUCCGCUCAUUGGUCUCUUCUUCUGUGGUGCGUUUACCCCGUUAACUGCACAGUUCUUCAGUCUGUACUCCUCCUCUCGUGAGCUUUAUGAGCAUAAAACAAUCCCUUUGGUUUAGAUUGAUUCUGGACAUCUUUAUCUCCUUUUUUUUUUUCCUUUUCUUUUCAUCUUCAUCUUGUUUUCGGACCGAACACGCAGCAGUUUGCACGACGCACGAUGUGAUUCUACAAAGCAGCUAAAUGAACGGGAUGCUACAAACUACACCACGUGUGUUUUCAUCCGCCUGCUUGUUUGCAUGUUCUUAUUUGAUGAUUGACAUGAGGGCAUAUGAGAAAUCUGGAAGAAAUGACCCAAAAAGGCACUGAAAUUGGUGCAAAAUAUUAAAUUUGUGUAAUGGAGGAAGACGUGAUGCACAGUCCUCAAAUUAAUUAGACCACCUUUGAUUUGAGCUUGCAUUACAGAAACCUAAAAUAUUACCAAUACUGUUAAUUUAGAGCAGCUGUGGCGUAAACCUUACAUCGGGUCGUGGUCUAAUAAAUUUAAGCGCUGUACAUGAAGCUCCUUACACUCGCACAGGGGAUGGGAACACUCUGCACUGUAGUUGGAUAGUAGCCUGAAUAAAGGGAAAUAAACAGUGACAUUAAUGUUCUCACCUGAUAUCUUCACCCUGUUUCAUUUUAGUACUGCAGGAAUUCGAACUCAGACGCCUGCUCUUGAGGUCUAGUGUAGAUUGAGUCUGUACUGUGCCACAUGAGUGCCAAGCAGCUGGGCUUCUGAUUGUGCUCCGGGUCUGAGGUUAAUCUGGAGUCACACGUUUCUACCUGCUGCGGGCAGUAAAAUAAUUUUCAUCUCCUGAUCUGAAUACGAGAUUUUUUUGCUCCACUGUGGAGGGUGAUUGGUGUGUUUGGCCCGUCAGUCUUCACAUCACUGAUGAACUUCCAGAUAAUUUCUAAUAAUUUCUAAUCGUGGUGAUUUAAAGUUUUAGAGUGUAGACUUUACUGAAGAUCAAGCGUCCAGAUUAGUAACUUAAUGCAGUGAACUAUGUAUGGAAGUUUGAUGUGGACUUUGAUGAUGUAUUUAUAACUAACCAGGAAGCGCUCUCUCUCAUGCCUGUGACAGUUUAUUAUUGGCCCAAAGUGCUCGUGGGAAAUCUUGGAAAGAUCAUUCAUGGUAAAACGGUCCCUUUCCAAGUAUGUAGUGCUGUGUGACACUUUUCACUGAUCACAGUGCAACUGACUUAAAAGCCCCCAGAGAGCUCAGCUCACCUUCAGCAUAAUUUCAGACCCUGAUUUCUGAUAUUUUCAUGUUUUUUUUUGUUUUUUGUUUUCCCUCCUCUGUUUUCAUGUUUGUUGUCCAUGUUUGUUGUUUUAUUGUGCCAUGCCCAUGUGGGUGAUAGUGCCUAUAGAAAUCUGAAUGUUUUUUGUUUUUGUACAUGACUGUGUGCCACAUGGAGCUCAUCGGUCUGUGUAUGGAGAGGAUGCCAACGCUUCAGCACACAGCUUACAGCGGUUUGUGUUAAUAAUCCAUUAAUCUGUAAGCUUAUAAUAAGGGGGUCGUGGUGAUGUCAGAUUGUUUGUCUUGUACGACAGCAGGAAACUCAGACCAACUAAAGCUGACUCAUCACUUUCCAAAAUUCUUGCCCACUAAGAAAUUCUGCAGCUUAGAUCCACUUUUGUCCGAUCGUCAUGAAGACCUUCACCUUUUUCUCUGGGAAAAAGUUUCAUGGUCUUUUUAGCAGCUGCUGGGAAGCUUUCGGUCAUAUCACACAGUCUUCUUCAGAUUGCCCAGCUGUCAUCAGACUACAUAUGUUCACAUUCUUCUAGGGUCACAGAUUUCAUGAUUUAUAAGAUUUUAUAGCCCAACAAAAGCCGCUAAAUGGACCAUGUGGGGCGUUUGUCUCCAGAGUCAGGUUUGAAUGUUAAAUCUCAAACAUACUGCUACUAAAUUUAAAUUGCAGCCAGGAGUCUUACAUUUUCAGAAAUACAUGAGUUUCUAUAGAGCUACAACCUGUUAACUAAGCCUGAGUCUGAUGAUGCAAAACAGCUCCUCUAAAUAUAGAAAAAUAGUUUGCACAGAUGAAAUAAAGAAGCUGCCUGUGCUGAGUUACCCUAACGAGGCUGCAAGCUAAAUUUAGUGGAUAUCCUAAUUCUACAACAGAAAACCAUGUGACUUCACCCACAUCUAAGAAACCCGUCCCCGCAGGGCAGCCAGGAUCCACUGUGUGUGCAGCAGAAACAGUGGAAGCAACAGUUAAACUGUAACCCCCUUCACCUUCACAUUAGUCCCACUUACCUGUGAUCGCCUGACCUGUGUGCUGAAGUGUUGGUAGAUGAAUCUCAGCUCAGGUGAAUCCUGCAACUUAAAGACUCUUUAUAAACCAAGUUUUAGCUCUUCUUAAUUGCUCAGUGCUCAAAUCAUUUAUUAUUCAGUGCAAUCAGCCCAGUGCGCAUGGUCAUUAAAGUGAACCAGAAUGUGUCUCUGCAGCACUUUAAAGGGGUGGAAACCUGGUCCAGAGAGAUGUUUGUGUUAAUAAAAAUUAUCUAAGGGAGUUACAAGUAACUGGUGGGAAGUUUAAAAAAACAAAAAAACACUCGAAUCUCAUGAGGAGUGUAUUAAUGCAGCUGCAAGAGGAGUCAUCUUCAUCAGCAUUCAGACAUGAAAGGAAUCUAUGACGAGUAAUACUUGUAACAACUGAAUAAACAUUUGGAAAGAAAAA